CGGAGCCAGGGGUUGCAGGGGUGCUCAAGCCCCCCUACCACUUUGGCUUCCAUGGAAGCCCCCCUACAAAUUUUGUGGAGGAAGAAGAAGGAAGGAGAAAAUUUUGAGGAGAAAAAAGAAGGAAUGAGGAGGAGGAAGAAGGAAAGGAGAGCCCCCUAGCUUUGGAUCCUAGCUCCGCUGCUGUUUACAGCACUGGAUAAAAGGUAAGACAGAUCAAUGACCUGUAUAAAUCCAUAUGCAGAUGCGCACACAGAAUUCAUCACAAAGCUAAGAACACACCAAUAAUGGCGCCGAUGAAGAUCUACGGGUGGGCCGUGUCGCCGUGGAUGGCGCGCGCUCUGGUGUGCCUGGAGGAGGCCGGCGCCGAGUACGAGAUCGUCCCCAUGAGCAGGUGCGGCGGCGACCACCGCCGCCCCGAGCACCUCGCCAGAAACCCGUUCGGUGAAAUCCCAGUUCUGGAGGAUGGUGAUCUAACGCUCUACCAAUCACGCGCCAUCUCGAGGUACGUCCUCCGCAAGUACAGGCCCGAGCUUCUCAAGGAAGGGGACCUGGAGGGAUCAGCAAUGGUGGACGUGUGGCUGAAGGUGGAGGCCCACCACGAGGAGCCGACCCUGUGGCCCAUCAUCCGGAACUGCAUCAUCAGCCCCUACGUCGGCUUCGAGCGCGACCAGGCCGCCGUCGACGAGAGCCUCGGGAAGCUGAGGGCGCUGCUCCCGGUGUACGAGGCGCACCUGUCGGCGUGCAGGUACCUCGCCGGGGACGACGUCACCGCCGCCGACCUCUGCCACUUCGGAUUCAUGCGCUACUUCAUGGCCACCGAGUACGCCGGCGUCGUGGACGCGUACCCGCACGUCAAGGCCUGGUGGGACGCGCUGCUGGCGAGGACGUCGGUCAAGAAGGUGAUCGCCGGCAUGCCGCCGGACUUCGGCUACGCCAGCGGCAACAUACCGUAGUUCGGUAGUUGUAUAUUGAUCAACUUCCAUGUUUUACAUUUCACAAAUGAAGAUAAAUCGUCAGACAUUUGGUGUUGGCAAAUGCGAAGUCCGCUCCCGUUGCAAGGAAGAGGAGCGGAACUUGCAAAG